CGGAUGACAUCUGGUUUCAGUAUUAGAAUAUUGUAAAACCAUGCUGCUAUUUUAGGCAAAGGGCUGUUUAGUUAGAAUUCCCCUCCCCCCGUUUAAUAGCAACCCAGUUUUGUCUUACCUGUAUAACUUCGUAAGAAGCCGGAGAAGAAGGAUGCAGAGUGACAGUAUCAUGCUGGCAGCCUUGCUGCUGAUGUUUGGCACGUCUAUAUAUGUCACAGGGCAAUAUUUUCUUGAGGAUGAGAACGUCUUAGUGGACAAUAAAUGCAAGUGCAUCAAGGUGACCUCUAAGUUUGUCCCAUCAAAGGAAAAUCCCAAGGAGGAGAUUUUAGAAAGAAACAUUGAAAUAAGGAUCCCAUUGAAAAGCAGAAUGAAUAUUUCUGAUCCAACAUCACCGCUGCGAACCAACUUUGUUUACAGACUCUCAGAUCUCUUCAAAAAAUGUGAUCCUGUUGAAGUAGAAAUUGGUGGAGAAACAGUACUUGCCUCUCAGGACAACUGUGACCAUGUAGAUGAUACCUGCUAUACCUAUGACAGACGGAAGUGCUACACCGUUGAUGUUCCAUUCACAGUCGAUGGAAAAACCAUAAUGAGGAAAGCGGCGCUGAAUCCAGAAUCCUGCCAUGAAUAAAUGUACUGGCAUAACGCUUUAUAAUUGCUAUAUUUUACAGCAUAACUGUAAUUUUCUUGUAAGUUUUGUUUUAUUUCCACAAUAAAUACAUUUUCACCUUGCAUUCAAUUGGACAUAAAAAAAAACACGCAAGUCUUGAUUUAUGUUAUGUUUGGUUAACCCCUUAAUAACCAAGAGUAACUUGCAUGCUUGUGACCAAAAUGAGAUUCCUUAAUUAAACUGUUUUUUUUCGUUGUAUGAACCCCCAACAUUAAUGACUUUUUAUCAGGACAUAAAAUGCAUUAUAUUCCUUUAGCACACUCACCCAUUUCUUUUUAAAUAACCAAAAUAUUUUCAAUACAAUUGCAAAAUUCUGUAGAAGAAAAAGUUAAUUGUCAAUUCAAUAUGGCAGAAAGCCACAUACACACAUAUUCACAUGCACACAUACUCACAUGCACAUACACUCACAUGCACACACACUCACAUGCACACACACUCACAUGCACGCACACACUCACAUGCAUACAUACUCACAUGCACACACACUCACAUGCCUGCACACAAACACACCUACAUUAACAAACAUUAAUGUUAGUUUUCAAAAAUGUGGAAAUUUGGAUUAAACUUUCCCUACCCAGUGGAAGAUCUGUCACAUCAUACAAUAACAAUUGUGUUUUUUUUA